UCCCCUGCCGACUGACAGACUGGCUCACGUGACUCUCCCCUACGUCUGACAUUGCUCAGUCACAACACUGGCACGCGCCGACCCUGUACUCGCCUCUGUUUCCGGUCUUCUCUUUUUCCCACUUCCAGACCCAGGGAAUUGCCCACGUGGGGCGGUGAUGUCACGUGAUUGACAGGGGAAAGUCCAUUUUGCAAGGCAUAGGAACUGGGCACUAGCUUUGGCCCCAUGCACCAAGUGCCUCGAGCGUUGCGAUCUGGCCGCAAGCUGCUGCGUCAAACAGUGGCCGGGGUCAUUAUCAUGUGCGCUGGAUUUUCCUCAGUGCCCAGCUCUUCAGCCAUCUACAGGUUGUCCGCCGUGCCCGGGUGCGAGGCUACCAAGUGCAAUGACGUUGUGCUGUGCCGGGCUCGGGAGAGCUGCCAGAAACCCCAGCAUGUGCUUUAUUUCCCAGGGGACGUGCAGAAUUAUCGUGAUGUGAUGGCAAGCCAUUCAGAAAAUUUCCGAUGGAAACGGUGGAGUCUAGAAGAUGUUGCUGACAUGCUUUCCCAGCGCUUUCCCAAUAGUUACAUCUGGAUCAUUAAAUCAUCACGAAUGCACUUGCACAAAUUCAGCUGCUAUGACAACUUUGUGGAGAGCAACAUGUUUGGAGCUCCGAAGCACAGCACUGAGCUGGGAGCAUUUAAGCAACUUCAGGCACUGCUAACAAAUGCUUUUAGUGCAGCACAGAAGAUUCUAGUAUCACAUAAUAACAAAUACAGUGUAGACAGAGACUAUGAUCUGUCUAAAUUUGAUAUAUGUACUACAUACACUACAAAUGGUUGUCCUUCCAAAAAAGACAAUUUAAUUCAUCCUACAAUGAAUCUAGGUAUUCCUUCCUUAAAGGAUUCAUUGUCCAUUACAGUGAUUGGAUUCAGUAAAGGGUGUGUUGUAUUAAAUCAACUACUUUAUGAACUGCAAGAAGCCAUCAAAGAUAAGGAUAUUCAGUCUUUUAUUGCUAACAUCAAGGCCAUGUACUGGCUUGAUGGGGGCCAUUCUGGUGGCUGUGACACUUGGAUUACAUAUCCUGAUCUCCUAAAAACCUUUGCCCAGACAGGCAUUGCAGUGCACACACAUGUAACGCCGUACCAAGUUAGGGAUGUUAUGCGUUCCUGGAUUGGGGAGGAGCACAGAAAAUUUGUGCAGCUCUUGAAGCAAUAUAAUGUAAAGCUUGAUAACCGGCUGCAUUUUUCUUAUGAAAUGCCUUCCCUAGAUAAUCAUUUUCGAGUUCAUGAAGUGUUCUGAAGUUAUCACACACCUGCCUGUGGCACUAACUACAGUGAACUAGUGGCUCACAUCACAUGAGAUAAAGGACAAUACAUCAUUUUCUAUGCAAAUUUCAUUUCAAGCAACAAGAGCCUCAUUCCUUGCAUUAGUAUGAUCAUAAAGCUAGGCUGACCCUGCAUGCAGUAUUAGCAGUUUCUUCCAUCAGUUUGCUGCAUUGUAAUAUUUACACUUUAUUAAUAUACUUGGUUAAUAAGCUAUGCAUCAAUUUGUGUCCAGAAGACUUGGUUUUGUAGUGAAUUCUGUUCACAUUCUGUGGUUAAUGUAGCAGGUUUUGGGAACAUGUUAGUGUUUAUUCUGUGGACCUUGUCCUAUGUGUUUUGUUUUCAAUGUUAAUAACUACAUGCGUUCCUUAAAUUAAUUCUGUAGUCACACAAUUCUGUUAGUGUUAUCACAAUUCAUAACAAAAAUAAUUAUUUUUUUAUCUUGAUCAUUCCAGAGUGUACAUCUUAAGUCUUAGCGGGGCAGAUGGUGGCUGUUAUACAGGGCUGCCAUCAGAAAUCAUGGUGCCCUGCAGAACAAAUUUUUCUGUCCCUGCCCCAGACUCCACACACCCCAAACCACAGUAAAACAUGCAAAAAAAAAAACAAUUAGUUAUCAGCGCCCCCAUAAAACUUUAAAAAAAAAUAAAAAAAAUCUUCAAUUGUGGCCAGGGCCCCCCUUACAAUUUCAAAAACAAUUAGUGGUCAGGGUCCCCCCCUCAUAAAACUUAAAAAAAAAAAAAGCUUCAUUGGUGGCCAGGACCCUCCUACAAGUUAAAAAACCAUUGGUGGCCAGGGUCCCCCUUACAAGUUCAAAAACAAUUAGUGGUCAUGGCCCCCCCCUCAAAAAACUUGAAAAAAAAAAAAGCUUCAAUGGUGGCCAGGGCCCCCCUACAAGUUGAAAAACCCAUUGGUGGCCAGGGUCCCCCUUAUAAGUUCAAAAAACAAUUAACGGUCAGCCCCCCCCC